CUUGGGUGACGUUAGAAGUGUGUCUAGGCUUUGAAAUCAUGCUUCACAGUUUUAUUAUUACAAUUUUUGUUGGAAGCAUUUUUGCUGGAACUGUUCCAACAAAUGGUACCAAUGGAUUUGGUUAUGAAUUACUGUUGGCAAAGUUGGAUUACAUGGAGUAUAAAUUUUUAGAACUCCAAGUGGAAGUAAAGGAACAGGGUGAACAGUUGCUAUCCAAUCAAGAGAAGAACAAGCAAGAUUUGUGGGAGCAAUCAAGACAAAUCCUAGAGCAGCAGAAAUUCUUCGCGAGCCACGAAGCCUUCAAGCAGACAAUCUUUGAGCUGCGACCCCGGAAGCAUCCCUCAAACAACAGUUUGAUGACAGAGGGGAUGUCCACAAAUCGCGAUCGAGUGGUUCCGACCAAGAUAACUUCCUGUAAGGACGAGCAGUCUAAGCGAUCUGGUCGGUACAGGAUGGACGUUGCUGGGGUGGAUCCUUUCGACGUGUACUGCGAGCAGCAGUUUUACGGAGGAGGAUGGAUUGUGAUUCAGAAUCGAUUCAAUGGAUCGGUUGAAUUCUAUAGGGAUUGGAAGGAUUAUAAGAAUGGAUUCGGUAGUAUUGAUGGUGAAUUUUGGUUGGGGUUGGAUCGAAUUCAUGCGUUGACCAAAUCUAAACCACGUGAACUGUUGGUGCACGUUGAGGACUUUUCCGGGAAUGUUAAGUACGCAAAGUACAGCUCAUUUGCCAUUGGAAAUGAAAAUGAAAAGUACAUUUUCAAGACGUUGGAAGGACACAGUGGAACAUUAAGUGACUCCCUAGUUCAACAUAAGGGCAUGAAGUUCACCACUAAGGAUUUAGAUAAUGAUUCUCAUAGCUCAGCAAAUUGUGCAAAUAAUUAUUUUGGAGGCUGGUGGUAUACAGCCUGUCAUUCCAGUAAUUUGAAUGGUAAAUAUAUGAAUGAAGUUAACUCUAUUUCAAUGUGCUGGCAUUCGUUCCAAACAAAUUACCAAGGUUUGAAGGUGUCCAAAAUAAUGUUAAAGUGAGAAUUUCGUGCUGAAUAAAGAGAUGGAAUGUGAUA